AUGGACAAGAUUGGGUCAUCAAACUUCUUUUGGAGCUUUCCUUCGCAACAUGGAGCAGCGAUGCAAGCGAAGCUGCUGAAAGCGAAAGAGACGAACCAGUCGCUCAAAACUCAGGCGGAAGAGCUCCGGUCGACUAUCAUGGCAGAGCAAGAGGCGCGACCUGACUCGGAAGAGCGAAAAGAGCUAUUGACCAAGUUGGCCGCGUUAAAGAAGCAACACAUCGCCUUACAGGACGAACUCGCCGCCUACGGAAAUUCGGACCCGGUGAAGGUGGAACAGUUGAAGAGAGCCGUGUUUUUGGCGAAAGAGGCUGCCUUGAGGUGGACUGACAACUAUUGCUCCACCUUGAGCCACUUUACAAGGCAGAACCAGGUCAACCCCGAUGAUGUGCGGAAGUAUCUGGAGAUUGAAGAGGAUUAUGAGGACAUAUAUUAG